GGCCCGCGGCGGUUGCGGGCAGUACCUUAGGGCGCUGCUGGCCCCGGCUGGCCGCGGCCAUGAACUUUUCGGAAUCAUUCAAGCUUUCGGGCCUGCUUUGCAGGUUCUCCCCGGACGGCAAGUACCUGGCUUCCUGUGUCCAGUACCGGCUAGUGAUCCGGGAUGGGAAGACCCUUCAGAUCCUUCAGUUGUAUACGUGCCUGGACCAGAUCCAGCACAUAGAGUGGUCAGCAGACUCCCUCUUCAUCCUGUGUGCCAUGUACAGACGGGGGCUUGUGCAGGUCUGGUCACUGGAGCAGCCGGAAUGGCACUGCAAAAUCGACGAGGGCUCCGCGGGGCUGGUUGCUUCCUGCUGGAGUCCGGACGGCCGCCACAUUCUGAAUACAACUGAAUUCCAUCUGCGAAUAACCGUCUGGUCCCUGUGCACAAAAUCUGUGUCUUACAUCAAGUAUCCCAAAGCCUGUCAGCAGGGAAUAACUUUCACCAGGGAUGGCCGCUACCUGGCCUUGGCAGAGAGGCGAGACUGCAGGGACUAUGUGAGCAUCUUUGUGUGCAGCGACUGGCAGCUCCUCCGGCACUUUGACACAGAUACGCAGGAUCUCACAGGGAUCGAGUGGGCCCCGAAUGGCUGUGUGCUGGCAGCGUGGGACACUUGCUUGGAGUACAAGAUUCUGCUCUACUCCCUGGACGGCCGCCUGCUCUCCGCAUAUUGUGCCUAUGAGUGGUCCCUGGGCAUCAAGUCUGUGGCCUGGAGCCCCAGUAGUCAGUUCCUGGCCAUUGGGAGCUAUGACGGAAAGGUGCGCCUCCUUAAUCAUGUGACCUGGAAGAUGAUCACCGAGUUUGGGCAUCCUGCAACCAUUAAUAAUCCCAAGACAGUUGUGUAUAAGGAAGCUGAGAAGAUCCCACAGCUGGGGCUGGGCCACCUGUCCUUCCCACCACCCCGAGCAAUGGCUGGUGCCCUCUCUACCUCAGAGAGCAAAUAUGAAAUCGCCUCUGGGCCAGUUGCCUUGCAGACUCUGAAGCCGGUAGCUGACAGAGCUAACCCUAGGAUGGGAGUAGGGAUGCUGGCUUUCAGUUCUGACAGCUACUUCCUGGCAACAAGAAACGACAAUGUCCCCAACGCUGUCUGGGUCUGGGACAUUCAGAAGCUGAAGCUGUUUGUGGUACUGGAGCAUUUGUCUCCAGUGCGCUCAUUUCAGUGGGACCCACAGCAGCCAAGGCUGGCCAUCUGUACAGGCGGGAGCAAGGUGUACCUGUGGUCCCCUGCAGGCUGUGUGUCCGUGCAGGUACCUGGGGAAGGUGACUUCCCAGUGCUUGGACUGUGCUGGCACUUGAGUGGGGAUUCCUUGGCCCUCCUUAGCAAGGACCACUUCUGUCUCUGUUUUCUGGAGACCAAGGAGGGGUUUGGCGCAGCCUGUGGACAACGGGACGGCCAUGCCUAGGACCUGAGUGGAAACCGAGGCAACGGGCCCUGCUGCUUUCAACACAAGCAACAGCUGCGCAGGCUCCUGAUGGGACGGGAUAUCCAGUUUUCUGUAGUGAUGUGUUCUGUAAAUAUGUAUAAACUGUAAUAUAAAAUAGGUAUUUGCUAAUCCAUGGGACAAGGGUGGUCAUUUCCCUCAAGGCCUUAGGUCAUAGGUUCAAGGUCUAUCUUAGGAGGAUAACAACACUUAGCUGCCUUAUGUCUCUUUAUAUUCCGAGCUGUUUCCAGAGUGCUCUUGACCAAGGGUGACUACUGUGGAUCUGUGCAGCCCCUCUGCAGCAGGAUGUCCUCAGGCACCCGUGCCUCCCCCAGCACUUAGCCCACCCAGCACAGCUCCACAUCUCUAGCAAACGGCCUGAAAGCAGCCAUACCAAAAUGUUGGGCUAUCUGAACCAGGCUCUUAACCUGGACUGUGGACU